CAACUCGCCUCGCCAACUUCGUGACUCUGCUGCAACUCUGUACAAUACUACAAUCCCAACCUCCAGACGCCAAUGUCCAGCUUAACGUGACUCAAUCAAUGUUCUACCGUCCCUCUCUUCCUUGAUCAACAUCGCACCUCGCGAUCGCUUCGCUCGCACGAUCGCUGUCCGCGGUCAAGAUCAAAUCUCCUGCUCCGCGCCCGUUCCCGUUGCUGCGCUUUGCCUCGUUUAUUCAACACGACUUCCACAUUGGUCGCUUGAUUAUUUGCUGCACACUCGCGGCACCCAAUCAGUCACCUUGUCACCUCCGGCAUUUGAUCGAGGAGACUCGCCCAUCACGGCGUUGUCGAGAUUCAACCACUCCUUCGACAACGACGACACCGAGCUCGACCACGAGGACAAGAUAUACAUUGCUCCGCCGCCUCAUUCCCCCCGGUCCGAAGCGUCCUCCUCGAGUCCUCCCUCCCCACGACCACCUCCCUUCUCCUCUCUCUAUUUCCCCUCCGACGCCGAGCUCGACCGCAUCAGAGCUACUGUCACCGAGACCUAUUGCGACUCGCUUUUAGCCUCUGCCCCGGCGCCCUCCUUCGAGGAGGCUCUCGCCGAAGACGAACCCGGGUCCAAGGCUGAGCGCGAGACAAAAGCUGCCCUACCACAAGAUACCAAGGCCCAGUCUUCCUCGGGCAAAGCUGUUGACGACGGAGAGCCGCCGCCCCCAUAUACCGAAGGUUCUAGUCCCCUAGAGUCGUUCACAUACCUCAUGGCGGCAGCAGGCGGUGCGGCCAGCAUCAUCACACAAGUUCAACAAACAGGCCCACCAAUCAACACCCUAGGAGCAGGCGAGGCGGCAGCUGAUGAACACAUCACCUUGGACUUGAGGGGAACACAUUUCACUCUUUCCCGUGAUGAAUUGUUGACUCUGCCCGAGUUUGUGUUACUAUCAUUAUUCCCCAAUGGCCUCCUCCCAGACGGCCACAUGAACUCGUUUCAUGAGGGCGAUGUCUAUCCCGUCGACUAUGACCCAGCCUCCCUUCAGUAUAUGUUAAACUUUUUCCGAGAUGUGGCUCAAUCAAUACCAUCCACAUCUCCCUCCCCAACCACCCCGCCAGAACAUGACCCCAUAUCGAUCGAACCGUUACAGGGUUCGACCAAAGAUAUGCUUCAAGAUCGAGCGGGGAUCAUUGUCUUGAGAGAGGAUCUUGACUUCUACGUCAUCCCUCCUCGUGCCGACAUUGAGCAGCCGGAAAUGACCGAAAUCAAGCGCGCCGCUGGGAAGUCCUUACUCAAGCAAGACGGAAUCUUCUCCGGUCUUAAGCGGAGUGAAGAAGCAGGCACGACCGAGCAACAUCUGAUUGAAAUGCUGACGGCAGGCGGCUUUAAUCAUGAUGACGCUUGGGGCCAUCGAGCUGGAGAACCAAACAAGGCCGUCAUUUGCAGCCUCGCGCUUGCAAGACUGCGGACUGACAUCAAAGGAGAUUUGGCAGGAAGCAACGUGGUGGGCAUGGCUCAAAAGCUACUCCUCUUCUGGCGCAAGCCGGCUCGGCGAUGCUGGUGGGAGGGUGUUGAGUUGACUGAUGUGGAGGGAGUUGACGGGAAACUCAAAGUAUGGAUUCGAAGAGUGUGGACUCUCGAGAUGAGCGUGAUCGGCCUCCGAUGACAGGAUCGCCCUUGUUUGUGACUUUCAGUUUUGGCGCUUUGCAUUGAGCGAUCAGGCGAAAAAGAAGUUCAAUUUGGGGAUAUCCAUUUGUAUGGAACUUGGGGAGUCUGGACCAGGUGAAUGUGGAAGUUGUGCCUUGUCGCGGAUUGAGCAGAGGGAUCGCCUUCAAACGGCUGCGCGAGACACAACACAGCCAAGAGUUGGGUUUCUCGCCACUGUCAAGUCGUCCAGGGCGGGUCUUUAGUGAAGCUGAAUCCUACGUUUAUUCAUUCGCAACUAGGGAGAAUAAAAAAACUUAUGUAUAUGAACCUCUGAGGCUGGGAGUUGAACAGCGGAAAUUCCCCUGGCCUCUCCCACCCACGGAACAAAAAGAUCUAGUGGCGGGUUCUAG